UUCACGCACACAUAACUGCGAGGGGAAUUACAAGUGGCGCCUUGUUCGUAGAGGAAGUGUAUACGUUACUCAAAUGUUGUUGCUAGAAAGAACAAAAAAGCAUUACAUUUAAAUGUAAGGUGUGUCUUCGGUCUAAGGAGAGUCAGGCAGACACUAAAAGGUAGUAGUUAGCUGCCGCUUUAAGGUGUCUCUCCGAUGAUGAGCUGCAACAUUAGAAGUUAAAAGACGCUUCAUUUCUUUUCUAAGGGAGCGAUGACGUCUGCAGCCUGCCUGCAUCAGCAGCCACAAGUUGGCUUCAUCUUCAUACUGAAAGAGCGGAGACACACUGUGGGGGGAGCAUCAGUGAUCACCAUGGUAACAUGUGCAGAGUGACGCAGUUUCUAGUUGGGAUUACAAAGAAAGAAAGGAGGAAGUAGAAUUAAAGUACGCCGCAAGAUUUUUUUUCAUCUGGUUGUAAGUCUACAGUCUUCAUAAAAUGCGAUGACCUGAAUUUACAAGGAAGAUGAAGUUCUGCCCAGAGUGUGGAACUUCAGUGGAAACAUCUUAUAGAUUCUGUCCUGAAUGUGGGUUCAAGUUAUUUCUUUUAACUCAAAAGAAGACGCAAGAUGCCUCCUCAUCAGAAAAUCAGCCUGCUGUCACCAAGGAGGAGAACCAAAACAAGGAUCAAGAUCAGGUUGUACAAGCUGAACCCAAGAACCAGACUGAAAUAAAGGAGCAGAAACCGGUUGAUGUCACUGAAUCAGCCAGAAUUGACUCUGAUCUUACCAGAAAGGACAUUAGCAGUGCUGUCUUAAAGGACACGAGUGAGACAUCGUUAUCACAGAACCAGGCACUAUCAACCCACAAGACUGUUCCAAUCCCGCAGGUCAAAGGAACCCAUCCAGAAGAAGAAGAAGAAGCAUUUCCUGUGGUUUCUGAGGGGAAUGGUCAACAAUGUGGUGAGGAAACUACAGGACCGAUCCUGUCUGUAAACUCAUCUCAGACUCCUACACCUUCAAGUACUAAUCAGGCAGAGCAGCAAACAGAAGAAUGCAUUUCUACUGCUCCUGAAACAUCUGAUCAAACACCUCAACAAGUGCCAAAGCUGUCAGCAUCUGAGGAAGAUGGAGAUACGACAGUGUCUCAAGAUAAGCUGAUUUUGUCUGGGAAGCAGGAUGACGAUAGGAAUCAAAUGAAUGAUGACCACGCAGGCUGUAAGGAGAACCAAGCUGCUCUCUCUGGAAGUUACCCAGAUGAGGGUACUACCCAAAACACUGAGAGUUCCCCAAACCUAUGUUCUGGAACAAACGAAACAGACACCUUAACUGAGGAGCAGGUGGUUGACUCAAAUCCAACUAGAGAUGUUGCUCCAGCAGAGGACCAAUCAGAUCCUACUGUUAACACACCUUCAUCCCCUCAACAGAGACCACCAGAGAGUGCACAGGAAGAAAAUUGUAUGGCGGAGGAUUGGGUGGUUGUGGCUUCUCAGAACAAGGAACAAACAUGCAGUGAGGAAACCUCUGGAUCAAACCAGUCUGUCUGUAUAACACAUCUCUCUAAUACAUCUGCCAGCAAUACACAAACAGAACAGCAUACAACAACGCCAUCAGUUUCCAGUACAGUAGACCACUCCGAUGCAUUACUGGUUCACUGUGACAUUAUUUCUAGGCCAUUGCCUAAAACUGCAUCACCAUUACUGCCUACAGAAUCCAAAUUCACUGGAUCUGAGUCAACUAAACUAAAAGCUAAUGAAGGAAACCAACCAGAACAACCCACUAAUGUAGAGAACAAGGAUGUGGCAAUAGCUCAAGAGAAACAGAAUGUCUCUGUGAAGCCAGAUGAAAAUAAGACUCCAAUAAACAACAAUCAAAUGAUCAGUAAUCAAGAUGGCUGCCAACAAACCCAAUCAGUGGAGACAAACGACAGAAAGAAUGUGAGGUCUGUAGAUUUGAGUGCAGACACAGAAAGAAAGCCCAAAUGUGCAGAGGCUUCUCAGGUUCAGUCAGAUAAGACAAUAAGCUCACAGCUGCCCAGAAAACAAGAACAGCAACCAGGCGUCAGAGUGGAAGCAGUCCCAGAGCUGUCUGAUCCUUGCAGUCCACCGAGAAAAGAGGACAUACGUCAUUCUGUGGGAGCAAAUAUCUCUGAAUCACCAGUUUCACCAAACAAGGAAUGUAUAAAUGUAUACUUCCAUGCUGUCACUUCCAAAGAUGCCCACAUAGAUCCAAACAACGACAGGAUUUUCCUAAUAUCUGAAAAUGUUUUUGGGGACUGGAAUGCAGUGGGUCAGGAAAUGUUCUUUUCCAAGAACCUGGGGGACAAGCAGUAUCUUGUUGAAGGACACAUUUUGAUUCCCAAAGACAUAAUUCAUAUGAGCAUCCCUUACAAAUACGUAAUACACAAAGAUGGUCAAAAAGGCCAUACAAAGAUGCAUGAGGUCCUCUACAACAAAAAAGAAAAUCCAUGGAUCAAUAGGUGUCUGUCAAUCAAGAGUGAAUUAUUGAGUCCUGAAGGGUCAUGGCACCAGUAUGACGAUGUCAUCUACCUGGAACUUAAACGUUCCUGGCCUUGGGGUUCCUUAAAGGACAAUGUGGCUAAAGGAAGAGAUCGAGCUGGCAAGGAGAUGCUAAAAAUGAUCUUUGAUCUACUUACAACAUGGAAUAAACAAAAUGUAGAGAACUUCUUCGUCCUGCUACAACAGUUCCAUUAUGAAUACAGCUCUCCUUUACUUCAUGAUGGUAACAAGAGGCAAUGGGAGCUGUCAUAUGGUGCAGACCAGGUGAAAGAAAUGCUCAGAGAUUUUCUGAACAAAGUCAUCCACCAGCCUUUCUUUCAUCACCUACAUACCGGAGUCGUUGCCUUGCUUGUCAGUAACAUAUAUCUACAGGGGUUCAAGAAAGAUCAAUAUUCUACUCUAUGUGAUCUCCUUUGCCUGCCCAACAAGCCACAGCAUCACUUCAAAGAUUUUUGGAAAGACUUUGUAGAUCCUUUGGUAGAUCACAACAGAGUUGCAAAUGUUGUUGAGGAGUUUUGCCACCGUGCAAGACAACACACGCUAAAGUGGGUCUUGGUCAUCCCCUUGAUUCAUCUGCUGAAAGGAGAAAGUGAGCCAUUUCAGCCAGUUCCACCAGCUUUUGAUCCACAAAGUAUAGGAUCACAGUUCCAUACUGACAGUGGCACAAGGAGUUUGAGCAAAAUCGUGAAGGAUUAUGCAUUCCUUGUGGACAUUGAUCGACUUCUUGUGCGCUCUUGGAUGUCUCUGCUGCAUUUAGACGAUCUGAUGAACUUUUUGGUCUUUGUGCAAGUUGAGCUCCUUGACAUUCUUCGUUAUAUGCAGAUCAACAUUAAAUCUGAUAUAAAUCCUUACAUCUACAAGGCUUUAAAAGACUUGUUGCCUCAUCUCAUAAGAAAGGAAAGCAACCGUAACCAAAGUUUUGAUGACAAAUAUGGAGAGUGCUGCCUGAAAACUGCAGUAAGACUUCUUGGUUCUGUCUGCCGCUGGAUUAAAGAACCAGACCGCUGUGAUGUUCCUCUUCAGUUCCUUGAGCUCGUCUGUUGGAUCUCCAAGAUAUACAGUCAAACUGAUUCUGAGACAAGAAAGAGAACCCAGCAAGAGUCAUUUGGAGAGACAUUACACAUAAUAACCGAAUGGCGAAGAAACACUUUUAACAACAAACUGCUUAAUGCAUGGAACCGGUCGGAGUUUUCUUCCCGUAACGAAAUAAAUGUCUGGACAAAGCUACUUUCAGUGUCAUUCAGUCAUGAGGAACAAACUUCUUCCUGGAGAAAAACAUUCUCGAAUGGCUUUGAAGAAAAACUAAAACAGGAGGACCGUGUUCAUCAAAUUGGUAUCUACUCUAAAAUGAUGGAAGAACUGAGUGACGAAGGUCCAUUGCUGUGCAUUAUAGAGAAAUGUGCCUUGGAGGCAGUAGCAUAUAUUUGCCAGGAUAAAUCUGGUAGAGCUAUGAAAGAACUGUUGGAGAACCACAAUAUCACAAAGUUUGGAAAACUCAUGUCUGUUGUUGUGCUCAAGUCAUGGCCAUCAGAUGCCAAUGGAGAUCAUGCUGAAGAUCAAGACUUGAUAUUUCAGUACCUUUUAGACUGGCACAUGGCAAAAACGGUCUUCCAAAUGGCAGGUGCAGGAGGCGACCUGAUUAACAAACUGUCGGAUGAAGCACAAUAUAGGAUGACUUUGGAAGCUUCUGUGUUUAAGUCUGUCUCUGAAAAGUUCUUAAAUGGGCAGAUUAAAAUGAAGACAUUAAACCAAAUUCUCCAAAGAGAACAAAACUUUCUUGGUUUGCUGAAAAUAGAUGCCCUCUGUGAUGAUGGUCGUUGUAAAGAUGAAUCAAAGAUGAGAAGAUUUUUGAGAAUACGGAGAGAGGAAGCAGAGGCAGCAUUCACUGAAAACGAGUUGAUCAGAGGUCUCCUACAAAUCUGUCGUGAGGUGCCUGAACAUGUCAGUGUUGACUUCCAGGGGUUGGAGAAAAAACUUCAGCCUAACUUUGACUUAAUGAAUUUGAAUGAAUUCAUGAAAGUUUGCACACUCGAUGAACUCAGCUCACAGUCAUCAAGGAAGGUCACUUAUUCCAACCUUUCUGAUGCCAUCUAUGAAAUGGCAUCAGAACUGCAUGCCAUUAAAGAUAGCUUGAUCUUCAAAAUGUGCUGGACCAACCAAGUGCAAGAACUGUCAAGAGAACACACUGAUGGGGAUGACACUGAAAACAGCAAAGAGAAGAAAGAAAUCUAUACUCUUGAUCAUGUCCACAGCAAAAUAUACCAGAGUUGCUACAGCCGGUAUAAAGAGCUGUAUAGCAGCCUUAAGAGUGGAGAAAUGUUACUGGAAGAAGUUGACAUCGUCUUUGAGGUCUACAUUGGAAAGCAUGAAGACUUGCACAAAGAUUUAGAUAUAAUGUGCAGGAUUUACCCAUCUGAUGACAGAAAAUGGAUCAAAGGAAGAAUUGCACAGAUCAGGGAGUACCAUGAUCAUCAUUUGGUAAUGGACUCCGCCAAAAUAAUCAUGGACAUCAGGAGUGCAUUAUGUCCAGAAGGAGAUUUCAGCAUCAUGGAGAAUCUGCUGCAAAUGAAUGAAGUCAAGUCCAAGACAAAUAACUUGAACUACAUUGAUAAAGCCUUUGUCGGUGCAAAAAAUAUUCUUAAAGAUGUAACAGAUCAACGCAAGGAGUGUCUUCGAGUGCUCAGUCAAAGUGAAAACUUUAUUAAGUGGGUGAAAAGGGAACUUAAAGAUAUCAAUGAGUUGAAAGUUUUUGUUGACCUGGCAUCUAUUUCUGCUGGAGAAAAUGAUCAAGAUGUGGAUCGAGUGGCAUUUUUUCAUGAUGCAGUACUUGGUUAUUCGUCUUUGCUGUACGGGUUGAAGCAGGACUCUGAUUUUAAGAAUGUCAUGGAUUCACUGCCAGCACUGUGGAAAGCUCUUGGAAAUGACAAAGACUUGCCAAAAAAGCUGCGAGAUACAGCUCGUCAUCUGGAAUGGUUAAAGACUGUCAGAGAAACCCAUGGAUCUGUCGAAUUUUCUUCUUUGUCCUUAGCUACAUCAAUAAAUGAGAGAGGAAUGUAUACCAUCAGGGCCCAAAACCAGAAACGGCUUAAUUUGGAGACUUCCCUGACACUUCAGAUUCAAGAUGGACAAGGUCAGAGCUUGACACAUACCUAUGAGGAUUUGAAAGAGCUACAAAACAAGCUGAUGCUCAUGUCUGGAAAAAAGCAACAAAACCAGAGUGAAGUGGAACAAUUCACUGAGGUGUUUGAAAAUGUCCAGAGGCUUGCCAAAGCGUUUGUAGAUCUUCAUACUGCAGGGAAUCCACUCUUCAGAUGCUGGGAAGCAAAGAUCUAUUGCAAGAGUCAAAGUGACCAAUGUAUCAACAUGGAAAUCAACUUUUGCAAGACUAUUCCUAUUAAAAUAAAUGGAAGUCUGAUUGAACAACUUGUAGCACUGUCCAGGAAGAUGGAGUUGUUUUUUGGUGACUGGCAAAAGUUCAUGGACGAAGUCAGGUCUGAUCACUACUACUUAAACUUCUUCACAGCAGAACAAAUAUUCUAUCUAUGCAGUGUCCUGAGUCCUGCAAAUGUAAAUACAGAGAUAGAUGAGCAAGCACUGAUGAUGCUCUCUUUCAUCAAAGCUAACUGCUCAACUUCAGAUGUUUGGAGACUGUGGCAGAGACGCUCCAGCCAAUAUGAGCGUGGUAACAUACAUAUUGAAAAAAAAGACAAAUAUUCAGCCUGCAUCAGCCAUUUAAUACACGCAGAAAAUGGAGAUCAGACUGUUGGUUUAAGAGAACUGGAAGAUUUGUGGUUAAACUACAUCAGGAAUGAGAGAAUGUUUUUUCAUGACCUUUUGGACAUACGAAGUUUGGGGCAUUUAUUUAACAUGAUGACUGACCCAGAAUACCAAAAUGAGAAUGAAUCAGAAGCACCGGUGCUCUCUGAAAAAAGAGAUGAUUCCCUAAGAAGAGAUCUCCCAAAAGGCCUCAUCCCAAAACAACCAAAUCUCCUAAUCUGCCCACAUGACCAGGUUCUGACUUCAGGUAUCUGCUUGUACAUGAACAGUGAAUAUCAGCCACUACCAAGUUAUGAUGAGGUUCUCUUGUGUACUCCAUCAACAUCCUACGAGCAAGUAGAGCUUUUCCUGAGGAGAUGUCUCACACCAGGCAACAUCGGCCAGAAGAUUUACACAAUGAUUUGGGCAGACCAACUUACAUAUGAUGUCAGCUGCGCAAUGGAGAAAUGUUUCCAGAAGCUGAGCACUCUCUUUAAUCGUCAUGAUUACAGGCUUGUGAUCUAUUGUAGCUCUGAGAGGGACCACACUUAUAUUCCAACUGCGUUCAGUCAGUUCAAAAGAGACUUUGUACCUCAAGAGCCAUUGGGAAAGAUCCAGAAGUAUUUGUCCAGGCAUUUUUCAUCCCCCUCAUGUCUAAAGGAUGCUAUGUUUAAAGGUGGGCACAAUGUUGGCAUUGUCUCAUCACAUCGUGCUGGAGUUGGUAAGUCCCUGUAUGUUCAAAGAAUGUAUGAAAAACUGGAAAGAUGCGUUGAACAGGGGACUGCACAUAAAAAGUGCAUUCGCCUAACUGAACAAGACAUUGAUGACCACCAAGUUCUCCAGUCUUUGUACGACACUCCAAAGCAAAAAGAUAUUAAGGUUUUUCACCUUGAUGUCACAUCCGUGGUACAAAAAGGCCUGGAUGAAUUCCUUUUCAAGUUGUUCUUUUUAAGAUACUUGAUGGAUUCAGAUGGGCAAAUGUGGCACUGUACCCAAAAACACCUGUAUAUCAUGGAGUUAACAGAAACCACAAAUGAUCAGGCCAGAUUUGGCACAAGACUGGGACAAAAGGAAAACUUUGCUUUCCCUGAUGUUUUCCCAAAGGUGUUUUGUCGACCUCCUAAAGAAGUCAUGGCUUUGGAAAUCCAGAAGGAUGAAAAUUUUUCUACUGAAAAUGAUGACCCACUUAUGGAUGAUGAGUGUUUCAGAAGCGAGGCUUUUCAGAGACCAUACCAGUACCUUUCACGUUUUCACAAUAACAACAAUCUUGACAACUUCACUUACAAAGGCAUUGAAGGCACUCAUUCAAAUUGUCUUCAGAUAUUCUUAUUCUACUGUGGUGUACUUGAUCCUUCAUGGGCAGAGCUUUGUAACUUUGUCUGGUUUCUUGAUCUUCAGUUGCAAGACUGUGAAAAUUCAGUCUUCUGCAAUGUUGAGUUUGUUGGAGACACUCUUCAAGGGUUCAAAAACUUUGUGGUUGAGUUUAUGAUCUUGAUGUCCAAAGACUUUGCAACACCAUCACUAUGUAUCACUGAUGAGAGCCUUGGAAAAAACCAAACUGACCUGACUGGAAUAAAUGAAAAAGACUUGGCUCCGUUCCUCAUUCGAAAAAGGUGGGAAUCUGAACCUCAUCCUUACAUCUUUUUUAAUGAAGACCACACAUCCAUGACCUUCAUAGGAUUUCAUCUGAAGCUCAAUGACCAGAAAGGUGUUGAUGCCAUAAAUCCUUCAACAGGAAAAGUAAUAAAGGAGAACAUCAUGACUCGAGAGCUUUACAGGGGGCUGAUACAUCAAAGAGUUCCUUUUAAUGCAGAUUUUGAUCAGCUUCCUAGAGCUGACAAGAUUGAGCAUCUGUGCAGUGUACUUGGGAUCAAAUGGCCAACAGAUCCUGAUGAAACGUACGAACUGACCACAGACAACAUCCUCAAAAUGAUGGCAAUUCACAUGCGGUUUAGGUGUGGCAUCCCAGUCAUAAUAAUGGGUGAGACAGGAUGUGGAAAGACAAGACUCGUGAAGUUUAUGUGUGAACUGCGAAGAUGUGGUGCACCAGCGGAGAACAUGAAACUCGUCAAGGUUCAUGGAGGAACAACAUCUAAAAUGAUUCAUGAUAAAGUGAUUGAAGCAGAAACUCUCGCAAAGACAAACAAAGAGAAUCAUGAAUUUGACUCCGUUCUUUUUUUUGAUGAGGCAAACACCACAGAGGCCAUUAGCAGCAUCAAGGAGAUUAUUUGUGAUCACUCAGUUCAGGGAAAAAGCCUUGCCUCUCAGACAGGGCUGCAGAUUAUUGCUGCAUGCAACCCGUAUAGAAAACAUACAAACGAAAUGAUUGAGAGGCUGGAGGCAUCAGGAUUGGGCUACAGGGUCCAUGCUCGGGAAACACAAGAAAAGCUUGGCUCCAUUCCUCUCCGCCAGCUUGUGUAUCGUGUCCAUGUGUUACCACCAAGCUUGAUACCACUUGUUUGGGAUUUUGGGCAACUCAGUGAUUCAACGGAGCAAAUGUAUAUCCAACAAAUAGUACAAAGGCAGGCAAAGGCCAGCUUAAUUGAGGAAAGGCACAUCCCAUUGAUAUCUAAUGUGUUAUCAUCAUCACAAAAGUUCAUGAGGAAGAAGAAGGAUGAAUGUAGUUUUGUCAGUCUGAGGGAUGUUGAACGUUGUGUGCAAGUAUUUGUGUGGUUCCACAGGAAUCACUCCAUGUUUGCUGAAAAUCUCAAAGAUUUAAUGCAGCAACAAACUAAAAGGAGAAAAAAUCUAAACUUUUCUCCUGCUAGUGACAGAGUGAUCUGGUCACUCUUGAUGGCCACUGGAGUGUGCUAUCAGUCCUGCUUAGAGAGCAAAGAUGAGUAUCAGAAAACUAUUAGUCAACUUCUAUCAAGUGAGUACAAACCACAGAGAAUACAACAGGAAAUCAAACUCAUGCAGGACCUUCUACUAAGUGGGGUACCCUUGGGUAAGACGAUAGCCAGAAAUGAAGCUUUGAAAGAGAACUUUUUCAUGAUGGCAGUUUGUAUUGAGCUAAGAAUCCCCUUGUUUAUUGUUGGGAAACCAGGGAGCUCCAAAUCUCUCUCUAAAACCCUGGUUGCAGAUGCUAUGCAAGGCCCCACAUCACACUCUGACCUGUUUAAGAGACUUAAGCAGAUACAUCUGGUAUCUUUCCAGUGCAGUCCCCAUUCAACUCCUGAAGGAAUCAUCCACACGUUCAAACAGUGUGCCCGCUUUCAAGAGAGCAAAAAUCUGGAUGAAUACAUCUCAGUAGUUGUUCUUGAUGAGAUAGGGUUAGCUGAGGAUUCCCCGAAAAUGCCAUUGAAAACACUGCACCCAUUACUGGAAGAGGGUUGUGUUGAUGAAAAGCCACAGCCUCAUCAGAGGGUUGGUUUCAUUGGCAUUUCCAACUGGGCACUAGACCCUGCCAAAAUGAAUCGUGGGAUUUUUGUAUCCCGUGGUGAUUUAAGUGAGAAAGAACUUAUCAAAAGUGCUGAGGGAAUUUGUGCAUCUGAAAAAAACAUUCUCGAGAAGAUAAAACAUCUCUUUGAGCCAUUUGCAAAAUCGUAUAUAACAGUAUGCAAAGAGGGCAAAGGCUUUUUUGGUCUACGGGACUUUUAUAGUCUAAUAAAGAUGGUAUUUUCCAUCACCAAAACGUCAAAUGAGUGCCCUACUGCUGAUCAAAUCGCUGGAGCAGUCCUGAGAAACUUCAGUGGAAAAGAUGAUGUUAAGGUCAUUGACAUUUUCUCCAGAGAACUCUUGGAUCACUUUUCCAACACCAACACCAGUACUAUUGACAUGGUCAAAGAAAAUAUUUUUCCAGCUUGCCAAAUGGAGGAAAAUCGGUACCUAUUAAUCCUUACUAAAAACUAUGCAGCACUUCAGAUUCUCCAACAAAUAUUCUUGUCUCACAAAGUCUAUCCAGAGAUCAUCUUUGGGUCUAGCUUCCCAAAGGACCAGGAGUACAUGCAGAUUUGCAGGAACAUCAAUCGUGUCAAAGUUUGCAUGGAGACUGGACAAACAGUUGUGCUUCUGAACCUACAGAAUCUGUAUGAAAGUCUGUAUGAUGCACUCAACCAAUACUAUGUGACUCUAGGGGGUCAGAAGUAUGUUGAUCUUGGAUUAGGAACACAUCGUGUGAAAUGCAGAGUUCAUCCAAACUUCAGGCUCAUUGUCAUUGAAGAAAAACAAGUGGUCUAUGAGCAAUUUCCAAUCCCACUCAUUAACAGAUUGGAGAAACACAUCCUGGACAUCAACACUGUCCUCAAAAAGGAACAGCGGGACAUUGCUGAUCAGUUAUAUAAAUGGGUUAAUGAUUUCAUCUCAAUAGAACAUCAAUACUCCACAAGCAAGAAGUAUUUUCCAGAAGAUGCUUUCAUUGGCUACCACUCAGACACAUGCUCCUCUCUGGUCCUUCAAGUGACCGAGAAUAAAGAUGAAACAGAUGAUCAAGUCACUCUGAAAAAAGCCAAAACUGUUAUGCUCAAAUGUGCAACCCCCGACUCAGUCAUUCGUUUGGACAAAUCUGAACUCCCUGGUGACGAAAGAGACUGUUGGAUGAAGGAAUAUGUCAAAGAGGAUAUGCACCGAUCUCUGGGAGACUACAUUGUAUAUCACAUAAAACAGUCUGAACACUCACAAGUGUCAUUCACUGAGGUAACAACAUUUUCCAGGCUCCUAACUGCAGCCGAUUCUGAACAACUGCAAAAUGAGAUAAAAUGUGAUGCUGUCAAGCUGCUAUUUCUGCUGCAAUUUGACACCGAGUACUCUUUCCUCAAAACAAUCAGGGAAUUUCUUGGCUCAACACACGUGAACAAGGUGCUCCUUAUCCAAACCGAGUUUGAUGAUGACUUCCAAAGAAAGAAUAUUCUCUCCUCAGCCAAGUACUCCUGCAUCAAUGAAAUAAACAAGUGUCUCACUACAGAUGACACAAAAACAUUUGUGUACUUUGUCACAAAACUUCCACGUAUGGAAGGGGGGACCUCUUACAAAGGAUUUCAAGGCGGUCCUUGGAGGUCUGUUCACAUUGAUGAUCUCAGAAGAUCAAGGGAGUUUGUUUCUGAUGUUCAUUCCUUGAAAGAUCUGAGCAUUGGUGAUUUAUUUGAAGAGCCACCUGAGGCCAUGCAGACUGAAGAUCAGUUUGGAAUGCCUCAAAAUGACAACUUUGUUUUGGGAGGAGUUUUUGAUACCACAGAUCUAGUGAGGAGCUGUGUUCAGACUGCCGUGGGCAUGCUUCGAGAUGUUGACAGUGGGGAACUCAGCACAAGGAGAGUUGAGAACCUGCUAACACUUCUGGAGGACAGUGCAUUUGUGAAGCUUGUGAGGAAGCAUCUCUACGCCUUGUUAAAAGAGUAUGAGGCUAACAUCCUCAGUCCAAAAAACUGGGUCCUUAAUCAGGCUUCUAAUGUCAGUGCUCUUCAAGAGGGAGGAACAUUUCUACACACACUAUGGAGAAAAGUCCAAACAGUUGUGACCCCACUUCUAGCCAACUUGGUUUCAGUCAUUGAUAGAGAUUGCAAUUUAGACCUCCUGGUGGAUGAAGGACAGGACAUCAGGGAGCUGUGGUUUGAGAUUUUUGGCAGCAAAGAAAUGCUCAAUGUGCCCUAUGUAACAGAGAUCAACAUGCUAAUAGUACAAAGCCAUGUCAUAGGUGGGGACACCAUGCACUGCAAGAUGCCCUUCAGUUGGUGCAUCAAAGACUUCCUGGAUGAGCUUAUGAUGCAAUCAUUUAGACACAGAAGUCAUUCAUUUCAGCAUUUCCACGAGUUGUUCUUAAACACAUCAUUUGGCAGGUACAUGGCUGAAAAUGUGAAUGAGAGAGUGAAGAAAGAGCUUUUUAAAAGGUACCUGCAGGACUUUGUUUCCAUGACUAUAAAAGUGGCAUCAGAUGAUGAAUCAGAGCUCUUGUGCCAAGCUCUGUCCAGCUGCAUUAAUGAAGUGUGGGGACAAAAACAAGAUGAACAAAAGCCUACGCUCCUCCACAUCCACCUUGCCUUCUAUUCCUACCGAAGGCGCCUUCAGAACCUCUCACGGGUUAUUUCUCUUCAACCUGAAAUUGUUUCACGUUUGAGAACAAACCAGCACAGCAGAAACUGUCCUGAAAUGGUUCUGGAUGUCCGUGCAGCACAGGCAUGUGUUGAGUACCUGGAACCUCAAAAUUUAGAUUCUGAUUCCCUCUGCCGAAACUGGAUGAGGCAGGUGAAGAGGCUUCAAGUGUCUAUGGAGUUGAUUUUCUCAGAACAGAGUCUCAGUCAAUAUGGGGAUCGAUGCAAGGAAGAACUCAGUCCUGUCAGUAAUGGCUGGGAGCGAAUCCACAUCCUCUCACUGUUUGUGGAACACAUGCUGCUGGGUUUUAAAAGUGAAGACCUUCCGCUCAAGGAACUGCUCCAAACGCACAUGAAAACCUUGAGCAGUGUUCUGGAGGGAAAGUCGGAUGUAAAAUCUACUAAGCCUUUCGAAGCUGUAAUUGAAAUCCUGAAGUCCUGUAAGAAAGCAGCAGUUGAUUGGCUUUUUAGGUUUGGUGUUCACUGUGGGGUAUGCAUGAGAGAGCCUGGGGAGCCUGUGGAUUUGCCAUGUCAUCACAUGUUUUGCCUGACAUGCAUAAAAGCAAGUCUGGACACUGGACAGACAUCUUGUCCCACCUGCAGGCAAAAGUUACCAAAUGACUUUCAGCUUCGUGUCUCUGAAGACUUACGAAGUACUUUAAAAAAAAAUGGAGAUUUCAGACGACGCUGCAAUGGUUUCUUCAUCGACCUGCUUUCUACUGUGUGCUUCAAAGACAACAAACCACCAAGCAAAGAAGUCAUCACACACCUGUUGUCUUACUUGAAGAUUGAGACAGAACAUAAAGAGGUCCAGACCAAAGACUUGUCACCUUUUGAUGAGUCACCGGAUAAAAACCCUGUUGUGCGAUCUGUAAUCCUCAAACUACUGCUGAAGUUCAGUUUUGAUGAAGUCCAGGAAUAUUUGCAGCAGCAUUUGUCAACAGUUGAAGAAAGCAGAUUUGUGGAUGAAGGCGAUAAAUCAGAACUUUAUGGCUUAUAUAUCAACUGUUUAGAGGACGCCAUGUGGGAGAAAAUGUCUCUGGGAAGCAACAAAGCUGAAGAUUUACAAUCUUACAACAAGGAAAUUGAAUUUCUCCACUUCUGUUUGAGUGAACUAACUUCCAUCUCGGAGACGGUGUCUAUUCAACAUCUUCAGUACGUCGCCCAGUUGCGCCUGAUACUAACAAUGGCUGCCCAGCUAAUCAGUGACAAACUUUCUGGCAAAGUUGUCCCGGAUGUAGCAAAUGAUUUUCUGAAAAUGGUCAUAAAGCUCUGUGACGACAGUGGCAAUGAUUGGUACCGUGUUUACCUGAUUCGUAAGAUCAGUGAAUGGCAAGGUGUGGAGCUUGUCCAGUCUUUGGUUAAACAAACAGAGUUCUGUUGGCUUUUUCCAGAAGAGAUCAAGAAGCAGAAUGAAGAUGGAGGCCUGAUGGACCAGUUUCUGGUGUAUGGUGAAGAGUACAAAACAGUUAGAGAUGCAGUUGCCAAGGCUUUAAUGGAUGGUGAAGUUGAGCAGAUAGAAGAAGUAUUGGAGCAAUGCAGAGCAUCACCUAAAACUCGAACAGUGUUUUUCCUUCUGGCUCUCUUCCGAGAGGUUACAACUCUUUACGGAUCUCCAAAUACGGGUCUUCAUCCUUCCGCUGAGAAAUGUGAAGCAUUUGGUGAGCUUAUCCAGGGCUCAAGUUAUUUGUUUGACAAAGGCAUGAGGAACUUUGCGUCCACCUUGAUCAACAACAAAUUGGGAGCCCUCUCCAUCCAGCCAGGCCAAACUCCUGCAGAUAACAUUGUUAUUGAGCUCGUCAUCCAUCUGGCUGUCAUUCUGCUCACCACAAGCAAUGUUUUGCUCUUGCCGCUCAAGCAGCUUGGUUUGCAGCCUGAUAAUAUGCAGGGGGCUUUUAUACCCACAAUGCCUGAUGAUAUGGUAGCUGUUGCUCAAGCAGCAAUACAACAAGAUUAUGGUCGUCUCACCUGGUAUGUGUGUCGUAACAAUCACCCAUGCUUUGUAGAUGAGUGUGGCCUCCCUAUGGAGAGAGGCAAAUGUCUGGAGUGUGGUGAGGAGGUUGGAGGGGAACAUCAUGCAGCCUUGCAAGGAUUCACACAGGUUCAACUACAGCAGGAUCACACAAGACCUGGCCAUAUCCUUGGAGACCCUGAAAGGAGAAACAACCCUGAUGCUCUUGACACUAAAAACAUGUCUCUCACUCCAUUCACGCUGGUCAGGCUGGUUACACAUUUGGCCAUGUUGCUUGGAGCCUCAGAGAACUAUGACUCAGUCCAGAAGAUCAUCCAUCCACCUGUGGAAGAUGUUUAUUUAUUUCUCAGUCAACAUAUAAUGAAGGAUCUUGAUCAACUGACGCAGGCCCUGGCAAAAGGAGCGGAUGAUACUGUCACCACUGCCCACCUGAUUCUCAGAUCCCUUCAAGAACCAGUACAGGUUGAUCAAUAUAACAUUGAUGCUAACCUUCCCACGAAAGCAUCCAGAAAUACCUGGGAGACAGCGGUGGCCACAGACAUUAUGACACCUAAACUGAAGACUGUUGAUCAACUUCUACAAGGAGCAAAGGGCCACAUCACAAAUGACUCCCGUGUGUCUUCCAACUUUAUCCUGAGGACCACUCUUGGAGAUGACUGUAAAUUCCUCACGUCGCUGCAGCAGACAUCCGAGGUCCACAGUUCAGCAGUGUGGAGCUGCAGGCAGAGGCUGUCAUUGCUCAGCCUCACACACAUCAUAGAGUACAGCGAACAAAAAGAGGAGCUGCCGCUGCUCUGGAAAUUCCUGCAGAAGGAGAAAGAAUAUCGUCAGAUUAUGUUCCUACCAGAUAUAGUGACGUUGCAGAACCUUUUGGUAAAGAAGUACCAGAAUGCGUCUGAAAAGAUUGUGGGUUCCAUUUCUGAAUUUUUAGAAAAUCAAAAAGAGAGAAGGACGUGGUAUGAAAAACAAAUAAAAACAUUCCUCAAAACCUGGAACCUGCUAAGAGUACACGUAACAACCAAUGAGCUAAAAAUCCCAGAGGAAUUUUGUGGUAAAGAUUUGGAUAUGAACAGCGACCUGCAGUACCUCCUGCCCCGGCGGCAGGGUCCAGGACUCUGUGCCACAGGGCUGGUUAGCUACCUGGUGGCAUUGCAGAAUGAGCUGGUGUAUGCUGUGGAACGUCACACUGGAGAAGAUAGCAGUUACAAGGUUGCUAUUGCGGACCUAAUGGAGCAGCAUGUGAUCUGCUAUGAUGUGGAGAAGGACCUGCUGCCUCUGGUUUUGUCCAACUGCCAAUACAGCUUGGAACGUGGCCGUGAGACAAUAUCAGAAUAUGACCUGCCACGCAUCCAGCAACAGAUCCUCACACGGUUUUUACAAGGAAAACCUGUCAUCACGCGCAGUGGAAUCCCCACUCUGAUCAACACACAGGAGAAAGACUAUGUAUCUAUAUUUAAAGCUAUUAAAGGACAAGUCCCCCAGGUCUUACUUAUCACUCUGACCCGGAAUGGUGUGUCCAGAAAGCUUGACUCGUACAGAGAGGUGUGUGAAGCGCUUAGGAUUGUUGAGCUACUCCUGGGAUUCCUUUCAAUGACUGGUGGUGAUCCCAGUAUGCCACUGGUCACUUACCUCCAUGACAUAUUAAAGAUGGGCCAGAACAUCGAUGAACAUAUCCUUAAUGCUCUGAGCAAAUGCAGCCUUAAACAUUGUGUCUCAUUGUGGCAACUUCUCUCCUCCCUCAAAUCUGAAAGCAUGCUGCAUCUUAAAAUGGAUCCAUUUCCAGGGUAUGCAGCCGAGUACCAGGAGCCACUGACUGAGCAAAACAAGACUGAGCUGAAAGGCUUUUUCUCUCAAAGUAACGCUGUCCAAUGGCUGCUGGAGAUGCAUGAGUUCAUCCUGCUGGCUCUGGGUCGUCCACAUGCCACAGAUCGCUACAAGCCUUUCUGGAGUGUAAAAGAGGCAAUGCAGCUCUACAUGGAUAACAAAGAAGUGGAGGUUCCUGAUUCUGUGGAGGAGAACUUCCCUGAAAUAAUCCAGCUUUCCCAGAUUCUGGAGGCUUGGAAAUAUGUAGUCACAUCCAAACAAGAGUGGAUGAACCAUGAAUGAAUGCGAUUAGUUGAUUGUUGAAGUCAUUUAUCAAUUUAUUUCUGAUCCUGCAUUUUUCAAAAGAAACACUUUUUUUUGUACUUUUUUUGUUUUUUAGUAAGUGUUUUUUUUUUAUUAUUAUGUGUGAUGGCUGUUAUAACAGUGUUUUUACUUAUAACCAAUCAUGAACCAAAUGAUCUCAUAUGGUUGCAUGAUGCAUCAGCUGAGAAAAAUAGUCAAUAUUGUUUUAUUAAUUUUUUUAAAACUUCAUAGAUUCCUUUUUGAUGGUGUGUUUAUUGCAGAUAUUAGGGGGAUUUGGUCAAUGUUUUCUGAUUUAAUUAUCACAAAUUAUGAAUAGUUCCGCUUUUUGGGAUGACAAGUGUAUUAACAUUUGAAAGGAUUGUUGAAAAAAAUAUGAGGAUUUUACUUUUUUACCAAAAAAUUUACUAUUGUAUUGAUUUUUUCUUCAUCUAUUAAAUAACACAUUUUUAAGGGCAAACAAAUGUUUUUAGAAUAAAUGUUUUAUUUUUCUCAGGUUAAUAUUCAGUGUAUUACUUGUCUGUAAAUCUUGGACAUACUUAAAAAAAAGAUUUUUCAUGUUUUAAACCCAUUUAUAUUUUCACUUACUUUUUUGAGUGACUUCAUUGUUAAACUCGGGUAAAAUUUUGGUGAGUUAUUUUUUAAUAUUUUUUAUCACAUAUCUAUUUUAUUUGUUGAUUAAAUUUUAAGUACUUUUAUCCUUUUUUUUUUGUUUAUGUUUGUUUAAACAAAGUUGUAGCUUACGAACAAGAAAUAAUUGUAUGUUGUUUUUUUUCUUUUUCUGGAGGUGAGGAUAAAAAAAUGUCCUUGAGAAGUCAGUUGAGACACUGAAUAUUGAAGAGUUCAGAGACAUUUUAAGUUAUCUAACAAUUAUUUUUCAGACCGAAGUUAUAUUUUUGACUUUUAUUAAAGCAUGUUUUACUUUUGUGGUAACAGUUAUGUUUUUAGCCAUAUAUAUAUAUCGAUAUAUAUAUAAUAAUCCAAUAAAACAAUGAAGAUAAACUCACUGGAGAGCAGAAUUUCAUGGGGAAACAAAGUCAAGAACUCCUGAGAAAAGUAAUGUUGACAAGGAUACUUUUAAAAUACAUUUUAUGCUCAAGGAUUACUUUAAGUUUAUUUUACUACUAUUACAUUUUGUUUUUUAGCUUGACUUUUUUAACUAUUAUCUAGUAGAUAAGUGUACCUGAAAGUGCUUUUUAUUUGAAUGAAUGUAAGGGGAAGAUUGUCCUAAUCACUGAAAAUAAAAUGAUCAAAAAUAA